AUGGCACGCACACCCUGGGUAGGCGGAAACUGGAAGUCCAAUGGCACUGUUUGCUCCAUCACCGAGCUCGCCAAGGAGCUGAACCAGGCGAACUUUGACCCUAAGCAAACUGAAGUGGUUGUUUUCCCCGUAGCGCUGCACAUCAAUCUGGCCAAGGAAAAGCUCAAUGGUGCUUUUCAAGUUGGUUGUCAAAACAUUUCAAAGACAGGCCCCGGCGCCUACACUGGCGAGAUCACAGCCGGGAUGGCUAAGGAUUUUGGCCUUAAGUGGGUAUUGGUAGGCCACAGUGAACGUCGGCAGUACUACGGCGAAACGAACCAGGUGGUUGCCGAGAAGGUUGGCAUGAUCAUGAAAGAAGAUGGACUCCAUGUCGCCAUUUGCAUUGGGGAGAUGCUGGAGGAGCGCGAGGGAGGAAAGACGAUGGAGGUCUGCAGGACGCAGUUGGACGCCGUUAUCCCCAAAGUGACGGACUGGGGAAGAGUGGUGAUCGCAUAUGAGCCUGUAUGGGCUAUUGGCACAGGCAAAGUCGCAACACCUGAACAGGCACAGGAGGUGCACGCUGACCUCCGCAAGUAUCUGGCUGAGCGCGUGAGCAAGGAGGUAGCGGACAAGCUGCGCAUUGUGUAUGGCGGCUCCGUGACAGAUCAGAACUGCGUCACCCUUAUUGGGUGUCCUGAUGUUGAUGGCUUCCUGGUGGGCGGAGCGUCCCUUAAGAAAGCAUUCGUUGACAUCAUUAAGGCCCCCACCAAGGCCUAA